AUGGGUCCUCCACUCAAAUUCGCCGCAGACUUCGUCGCUCUGGCCGAUGUGCUCAGAGCUCUGGCCGUUUUCGCAAGCAGUAUUGUUUUUCUGUGGAUCGCAGUCGCAAUCCAAAGGCUGUACUUCCACCCUCUUUCCAAGUUUCCUGGGCCGCGGCUGGCAGCUGUGAGCAAUCUCCCAUAUUCCCUGAGCUAUCUUGGUGGGCGCCAGCCAUAUGAUAUUCUACGACUCCAUGAAAAAUACGGCCCGGUUGUGCGGGUGUCACCGAGUGAGCUCUCCUUCAAUACCGCCCAGUCAUGGAGAGACAUAUACGGCCAGCGCAAGGGACAUGCCACCUUCAUCAAAAGCGCCUUCUAUGACGGAGGCAACUUUGCGGAUCAGGCCCAUUCCAUUGUGAGCGAACGCGAUCCCACAAAGCACGCCAUAAUGCGGAGGUACCUCUCGAGUGCUUUCUCAGACCGGUCUCUCAGAGAGCAGGAAUAUUUGAUUGCCAAACAUGUCGACGCUUUUAUUACGCGCAUUGGCAUGGUACCUGAGGCCAUCAACCUGACCCACUGGUUCAACCUACUUACUUUCGACAUCAUCGGUGAUCUGGCGUUUGGACAGUCCUUUGGAGGAAUCGAAUCGGGAAAGACGAACAGUUGGAUCAAGCUGGUGCUUGAAAGCAUGGGUCAGGCCAGCCUUUCAGACACACUUGGCCGUUUCCCGUGGAUGGGGUGGCUAUAUAUGAAGGUCUAUCCGGGAUGGCUUGAUAAGCUCAUGAGCGGGGCGAUAAAGCAUCAGACCAACACCAUGUCGCUGCUCAGAACCCGGCUUGCACAGAAAACGCAGCGCAAGGAUUUCAUGGCGUAUCUGCUACAGGGAAAUGAACAAGAGGAAGUUUCAGAAAUCCAGCUGGCCGCACAUGCAUCAGAUUUCGUAAUUGCUGGAAGCGAGACAACAGCUUCGACUUUGGCGGUGGCCACAUACUACCUCUGUAAAGACCCCGAUCUCACGACGAAACUCCAGCAAGAAAUCCGAGGGUCAUUUUCCCGGCUUGGUUGGUUAGAAUUGCGCACUGUCCUCGCCAAAAUGCAUUUCAAGUACGAUGUUGAAUUGUUGGAUCCCUCACUUGAUUGGCACAAGAAGGUGGAGAUGCAUUUGCUGUGGAAGAAGCCAGCUCUGAAUAGCGCAGCCAGUAGUCUUGAUACAGUACGUGGUACAGUACCCCGGGCGACUGCAGCUGAAUUGGGCGGCAGUUCCGGCAUUGGGCUGGCCACAGCACGCAUUCUGAAGUCCCGAGGUGCUCACGUCCAUGUCCUCGACAUCGCCCCGAUCGAUGAAUCCUUCGACUGCCACUUUACACCGUCCCCAGCCGACAGCGGCCCGACGCCCAAAGAGGGCAACGGUGUAGCACCCGACGCCGACCCCGGUCCACCUGGAACUAUCCAGUUCCGGCACUGCGACGUGGCCGACUGGGGCAGCCUCCGGCAGGCCUUUGCCGACAUCGGGCACGUGGACAUCUGCGUCGCAAAUGCCGGCGUGUCGCAGGAAGCCGACUACUUUGCCGACACGUUCAGCAGUGACGGCUUGCUGGAGGAGCCUCGCUACGGGGUGAUUGACGUGAACCUGCGCGCUGUUCUCAACCUCGUCAAGCUCAGCAUCAGCGCCUUCCGCGCCCAAGGCCAGCGCGGCGGCUCCAUCGUGCUGACCAGCAGUGCCACCGCCUACGCCCCCGAGCAAAGCUUGCCGGUCUACAGCGCUGUCAAGCUGGCAACAAUCGGCCUCGUCCGCGCCCUCCGCCCCUCCAUUUCCGCCCUCAACGACGCCACCAUCAACGCCGUCGCCCCGGCCGCCACCGUCUCCAAGCUCCUCCCGCCCAACCUCGCCGCGCCCAUCGUCGCGGCCGGCGCUCCCGUCAGCGACGCGCACCACGUCGGGCUCGCCGUGGCCUACUCGGCCACCGCGACCCAGCCCCGCGCAGUCGAGGCGUACGGGCGCGACAACGCGGCGGAGCUGGAGAAGCCGGGCCGCUGGAACGGGCGCGUCAUUCUGACGCUCGGAGAUCGGUGGACCGAGGUCGAGGAGGAGGUGGCGAGGCUGCGACCGACGUGGUUGGGGGCCUGGAACGACGAGAUGACGAGGUUCCAGCAGAAGCUGACCGACAUGCGGGGGGUGGUGGCGGAGUGA